AUGACUAAUGAUAAAGGAGUUAAAGAAUUUAGAUAUAUAUUAAAGCCAAAUAAAAAAUCUUAUGGAAAUUUCAUAAAAUUUUUCGAUAAAGUUAAUAAAAGUUUUGGUGACAUAAAUUGCUUAAAUAGCUUUGAUAUAAACGAUAAAAUAUAUAAUAUAGAAUUUAAACCUCUAAUAUACUCUAAAAUAUGUACAUCAGCAGAAUGUAGCUCUAUACUUUUAAAUAAAAUUAAAAAUUAUAUAAAAAUAAAAUUACCGUCUAAUAAAAGAAAACAAUUAAAUAAUAAAUGUUAUGCUAUGUAUGGUAAUUCUGAAAAAAUAAUUACUAACAUUACAAAUAAAGCAGGUACUAAAAUGUUACUUGGAAAUAGACCAAAAGUUAGAGGAUCAGCAAUGAAUGCAUGUGAUCACCCUCAUGGGGGUGGGGAAGGUAAAGCCCCUAUAGGUAAAAAAUCUAUAUACUCAUUUAAGGGUAAAAAAGUAAAAGGAGUUAAAACCGUUAAAAUAAAAAAUGAUUAUAAAAACACAUAUUUAAAAAGAAAAUAUAAAAAUUUAAAUAAAUAUUUUAUUUUUAAAACAUAUAAUAAAAAUUUAAGAAUAUCAUCAUUAUUUAACAACACAACAAUUAAAGUAUAUAACGGUAUAAGGUUUAUACCAAUAAAAAUUGACUCUCUAAAAUUCGGAUUAAAAUGUAAAUACAUAAUAAAUAAUGUCUAA